AUGAGGAUGAAUACAACUUACCUACGGCGAGGAGGUGUUCGCCGGUUUAUUGUUGAGGCUUUUGAUGAAGGUGAUGCCAUAACACCUCUCUUUGAACUUGCUUCAAGACUUGAAGAUGGACUUCAAGUUGGAACUCUCCACCAAGGUAUGAAGAAUUUCUUCUUCACUCUCUUCAAACCAUGGAACUUUGUAACUAGGAAUUCUCACUUCUCAAGUGGUUUUCUUUGGUUUGAAGAAUUGCUUCUUCUUGCCAAGAAACUUGAAAACUAUGAGAGAAAAGAGAGAAGUGAGAAAGCUAGUAGUAUAGUAGCUUUGGUGUGAUUUGCA